AGAAAAAUGGCGGACGGAUAAAGCAUUUGGUCAAAAGAUAUUUUGCCUCAAUCGGCUUUUUUAUUACUUCCUGAGGCUUCUAUCAUGGCGGAAAACAAAGAGGGAGACGUCUUGACGACUCCGCUUUUGAAAAAGCGUGAGGACGUAGAGAUGAGCUCUGUUAACUCGAUGCCAUCGAUCGCCAUCGUUCCUUCACGUCCAAGCAAAACCCACCAUCACUUAAUGGAACGAGAAACUUCAGAAAACUCUUCUGUUUCGCUACACCAGGCAGCAAGAGAUGGUAAAAUAGAUUUAGUAAAAAGACGGCUGGAACAGCUUGGUAAAGGACACAAGAAGAUCAACCAGCAAGACACGUAUAACACAACACCGUUACACUAUGCUGUCAGGUACAACCAUGUUGAAGUGGUGAAGCUGUUGCUGGAGUAUGGAGCAGAUAUCGAGGCCAAAGGUGAGGAUGAAGCAACACCACUCCACUACGCCGCGAGAUUCUGUUUCGCUGCAAAGCACAGCUCCCGUGGAACACCGCGCACGUCACGUCGGACUAAAGACGCCUUACCUAAACCAUCCGCCAGCACGAACGAUCUGGUUGGUAUCACGUUAAAAAAGGACGAGAAAGAAGAAUGUGGUAGUAGCAGCAGUCUCAGCAAAGCUACAGGAAAGGAACGGUUGUUUGGGAACUUCACGAAGAAACGCGAGUCAUUGUUAGGCAGUAGGCUCUUUAAGGAUUUCCAAAUAGGAGAGAAGAAAACUACUAAUGUGAAGGACAAUUCAGCAGUGAAUUCAACGCAGAAGAAUGGUUCUCAGGAUACGAUGAUAGGGUUUUUGAUCUCGCAAAAAGCUAAAGUUAACGCUAAGGAUAGUUAUGGUUCCACCCCGCUACAUUAUGCUGUUGCAAAGAAGAAUAUUGAAGCUGUAAAGGAAUUGCUCAAACAGCCGUCUAUUGAUAUUGAGGCAAAAGACAAGACAAAAAUGACUCCACUCCACGCAGCAGCAAGCCACGGUACAGUCGUUGUCACUAAAUGUCUCAUCGAGGCUUCGGCAAAUCUUCGGAGUUUAGACGAAGAGCAGAUGACUCCACUCCACUUUGCAUGUGUGGAAGGCCAUCUUGAUAUCGCUAAACUCCUUUUUGAAGCUGCUGAGCUUGAAGGUGGAUGGUCUACCGUAUCCAAGAUGGUUACAGACCAGGAUAGAGAAGAAGAGACGCCGUUACAUUUAGCGGUAGAAGGACGCAAUCCUGAGCUGGCAAAGCUUUGCCUCGACAAGGGAGCCAACGUUAACGCAGUCAAGAUGAAUAUGAGUACAGCACUUCACCUGGCUGCCACGGAUGGUGAUCGGGCUAUCGUACGCAUGUUGAUACAACAUGAUGCUAAUGUGGAGGCCAAGAAUGCUUUGCAGGAGACCCCGUUACACAGAGCAGCGUUAUUCAACAGGACAGACGUCAUUGAAGAUCUUCUGAAACACUGCUGUUGAAGGAACCGAAAGGAAAAUCCUUGGUUGAAGAAUGUGACAAGUACGAGAAUACUCCACUACACAUUGCGGCUCGCAAAGGAUACGUUCGCAUUAUUGCCCUGUUGUUCAAAUAUGAAGCUUGUAUUGAUAGCAAGAACGAUGAAGGUGCCACACCGUUACACUUGGCUGCAAAAUAUGGCAAGAUCAGGUCGGUUUGUGCGUUAUUAAAUCGAGAUCCCUCUAUCAUCAAUGACGAAGAUGAUGGUUCCAAUACACCGCUUCAUCUGGCUGCUCUAUAUGGACAUUCUACAGUUGUUAAGGAGCUGUUGGACCGGGGUGCUGCUGUUGAUGCUAGAAAUGCUACCCUGUGGACCCCCCUAGACUGUGCAGCAGCUCGUGGGUGUGUAGAAGUAGCAACAGUACUAUUACAGCACGAUUGUCCAGUAGAUCCUACCGAUAAAUCCAAGACUACACCACUUCAUCUUGCGUCACGAGAAGGUCACGUGGAGAUGGUCAAGCUGUUAAUGUCACACAAGGCCAAGAUCAACCUGAAAGACAGCGCGGGAAAGAAUUGUCUGGACAUAGCUAUCGAAAACAACCACAAAGAAGUUGUUCAGACAAUUAUUAAUCACGCCGACUGGAAAAAAGCCAUGAAAAAUCGUUAUCAAGAUGGCAAAAAUGUAACAUCUCCCAUGAGAAAACUGAUCAAGAAGCUACCUGAGGUAGCAGGCUACGUAUUCAAUCGUUGUGUUACUAGUAAUGGUCACCCUGUGGAUAACCCCAAAUAUGCUAUCACCCUUGACUACGAGUUUCUCGAUGACGUCAAUCUCGAUUGGGCAGCGGGUUCCUCUGAGUCACAGGAUGAUCAAGAUGAAGAUCAUGGACUGGACGCGGUGAUGGAGAAAAUCAAAUCAGCUCUGCCUGAGAAUGCCACCAAACAGACCCAGUUGAAGGCCAACCAUCCUCUCAUGCUUAUGGUAAACAAGGAACGAGUCAAGCUGCUUAGCCAUCCACUAGUAACUUACCUUCUUCGCUACAAGUGGAAAAAAUUUGGUCGAUACGUCUACUACAGCAAGCUUAUUCUAUAUUGCAUUUUUCUUUUCUUUUUAACCGGCUAUGCUUUGGUCACCACUAAAUCAAUGCCUACGUUCAAAUGCGUAAAUGCAACUUUCUGUGCUUGUCAAGUGAAUUUUGGUGAGAUUAAAACCGGAAGUGACGUAGUAUGGAGGAUGAUUGGAAGGCCUCUUGUCAUAUUAACGGCAUGUAUUAGCUUACUAUUAGAGUUUCUAAAUUUUUGCUACGUGUGGCGGCUGUACCUUCAGUGGCAUCGUCUGAUUGAGGUCUCGGCGUACGUGGUGUCUUUGAUUUACGUUAUCGAUGAGAUUACGGUCGAUGGAACCACUAUUAAUGUACCAAACGGGUCAAGGUGUUUUGUUUGGCAUAAUAGUGUAGGAGCAGCAGCAGUCUACUUGUCCUGGACCAACCUCGUUCUUUUCAUGCGCAAGUUUCCCAAGCUCGGAAUCUACGUGGUUAUGUUCACGCAUAUCUUCAAAACUUUUGCGCGCUUCUUCGUGGUCUUCUUUCUGUUCAUCGUGGGUUUUGGGUUGGCUUUCCAUAUACUUAUCUACGAACAGGUUCCAUUUGCGACUCCAGGUCGCUCCAUGCUCAAGACCACAAUGGGCAUGUUGGGUGAAUUCGAAUACGAUACAGUUUACAAUGAAAACGAAGUCCCGCCAAUUGCCUGGCCGUUGUACGUGUGCUUUCUGGUCAUCAACUGCAUCAUAAUAAUGAACUUACUGGUUGAUCUUGUACUGGAUGUAGAAAAGGCUCUCCCAGCGAUGUUGCGUCGUCGCUUUGUUUCGACAGAAGAGGUUGUCUACCCCAACGAAAACAAAUACUGGACAAUCUGGUCAUUCUGGAAUACUGGCAACACAUCUCCUGCAAGAAUAAUCAACGAUGCCAUGAAUCCUGAAAAGACUCCAAUAGAGAAACUCCAGCGACAGCAAGAUCAACUAAAGGAAGAUGUAACAAAUCUGAAUAUCAAACUUAAGUCGGUGUUGCAGCAUACGACACAUCUGGAGAUGAUGAUGAAGGCCAUGAUGAAGCACCAUGGAGUCUCGGUCGAAGAAGAACAAGAAGGAGAAGACGACGAAUAAUGGUGGACGCGCAUGCGCCAUGGUGGUUUAUUGGUCCCACAUGGCCUGAGUAUGCGCCUGGGUAUCCUUUAGAUCACGUGACAAUCUGUAUGUCGAUUUAAUUCAUGAUAUAUUAAGAUUUUUCGGUUUUCACGCGUGUAAAUAGGAAGCUUAAGCAUCGACGAUGAAACACUGGACGACGGCGACUGGAAUUCAGACUGUUACAUGUUCAAUGCACUGCGCAUGUCUGUCCUAGUGAACCAGUCGUCCUGUGUACAUCGACGACGUAGUUUCCAGUUGAAAACUGUACAAUAUAUUUUCGGUACCUUUUAUGUUCUUGACUGGCGACAGUUAAAAAAAAAAAAAAAAACAUUUCACAACAAGCC